GGUACAAUCCGCCAUGCCAGACACCAGCGACUGGAGGUCCGAAAAUCUGAAAAGCAGAAGAAGCAAGCCACUUCUGCAUUACUAGAUUUGUCAAACACAGAAAAUCUUAUUGACACACAAGCAGAAGAGUCACAACCCCAUGCUGAGACACACAGUAUUUGUAUAAGAAAAAUAGCUUCCCUACGGAUUGAAAAUCAGCAGCUGUAUGAAGAACUGGGGAGGCUUCAGACUGAGAAUUGUAUUUUGAAAGAAAACCCGAGUCGGCUGAGCUUCGAGGAGCAGACAAUUUCAAGCGACCGUAGAAUUCAGUUCUACACAGGUGUAACAUCAAAAGCGCUGUUUAUGUGGCUGUUGUCAUUUUGCUCUUUGGCAUUGCCUUCGUGUAAAGUUUUAUCACCAACAUGUGUUUUGAUGUGCUUAAUUAUGAAACUGAGAUUAAAUCUGCAGCACCAGGACUUGGCAUAUCGAUUUAAUGUGUCUGUCACCACAAUCUCAGAAAUGCUUAAUCAGGGGCUGCCAAAGUUAGCAGAGAAACUUGCCUUUCUUAUUCAGUGGCCAGACAAAGACAGUCUAAAACGCAAUAUGCCAAAUAUUAUUAAAAUAACAUAUCCAAAAUGUGUUAGUAUUAUCGACUGUUUUGAAGUUUUUAUUCAGAGACCUGGACCACUUACAGCAAGGGCCCAAACAUGGUCAAAUUACAAACACAACAAUACCAUUAAAUUUCUUGUGUCUAUAACUCCAACAGGAGCAAUUUCUUAUGUAUCCAGGGCAUUUGGAGGUAGGACAUCUGAUAAAGUUAUUACUCAGAGAAGUGGUUAUUUGGACAAAUUAGAAUAUGGCGAUGAAGUUUUGGCAGAUAGAGGAUUUUUGAUAGCAGAGGACUUGGCAAAUCGUAAUGCGACACUGGUAAUACCAGCCUUCACCAGAGGAAAGUCGCAGCUUAGUGCUCGGGAAGUUGAGCAGACCAGAAAAAUUGCUAAUGUACGCAUACAUGUGGAAAGAGCCAUUGAAAGACUGAAAAACUGGAACAUUCUGAGUAGUAGUAUGAGUAUGCACAUGGUUCCCCAUUCAGACAGCAUAGUCACCAUUUGUUCAGCUCUAUGUAAUUUACAACCAAAACUUGUUUCUUAGAUUUUUGAACUUGUAUUUUGCUUCAAAAUGGUACAUACAUAAUUCUGUCUUU